UGCUCUGAUAUUUGCGUGCAAUGCAAGUUCCAGGAAGCAAGCCAGCGAUAUUGAAUCAAGACAAGAAAAUAAUCUAGCAAAAACAGUAGCAGUAAACUUUGAUAUGUUGUGUUGUGUAGAAAAUUAACAAAAGAAUUUACUAGUGCAGUCGCGAAUAAUCAAAUAUUAAAAGAUCUUGAGUGUUUAUGAUAUUCGGCCGGCGACGAAAGUAAUGUAACCAGAGAUGUCUUCUAGUGGUCAGGAUAUUGAAACAUCCAGCGUAGACUCUCCUCAGUCCCACUGCGAGUCUCCUUAUAGUUCUCCAUCUCAACAAGUGCCGCAUUUGGCGUUUACUUUAACCACACUUAACAUGAGUACAGCAUGCCAGCCAUUUCUGCGAAUAGUCGAGCAGCCGCAGGACCACUUCCGGUUCCGCUACAAGAGCGAAAUGGUGGGCACGCACGGCUGUUUGCUUGGCAAAUCCCAAAAUUCGUCAAGGAACAAAACUCACCCCACAGUAGAGCUAGUGAACUAUCCCGGGCGGGCUGUCAUCAGGUGUCGACUGGCCCAGGACAAGAAUUCAGGCGAGCACCCCCACAAACUCCUGGAGGAGGAGCAGGAUCGAGAUGUGAGCUAUGAGGUGCCUGAACAAGGCAGCUACAAAGUCGGGUUUGGCGGCAUGGGUAUUAUACACACGGCCAAGAAAGACGUCCCCGGGUUGUUGUAUACUAAAUAUGCUCAAAUGAACACCCAGAUGUCUCUAAAAGAGCUCCGUGCGCACUGUGAAAGUGAAGCGAAGAAGAUAAACUUAAAUAUUGUUCGUCUAAGAUUCAGCGCGCAUGAUAUCAAUACUGAUGCGGAAAUUUGCCCGCCAGUGUUUUCAGAUCCCAUCCACAACAUGAAAAGCGCGUCAACCAAUGACUUGAAAAUUUGCCGCAUCAGUAAGACCAUUGGCCGGCCCAUGGGUGGUGAUGAUGUCUUUAUAUUCGUGGAAAAAGUCAAUAAAAAAAACAUAAAGAUACGGUUCUUUGAAUUAGCUCCGACCGGAGAAGAAGUGUGGCACGCCUAUGCACACUUUUUGGAAAGCGAUGUCCAUCACCAAUAUGCGAUAGCAUUCAGCACGCCGCAAUACAGAGACCCCUACACAAGCUCCGAUGUGACUGUGUACUUCGAACUGCAACGGCCACAGGAUGGCCGAACCAGCGACCCGAAGGAAUUCAAGUAUAAAGCUGAAGUAGCGUGCAAACUGCAGAACAAAAAACGGAAAGCAAAUUCGUCGUAUUCGUCGAUUAAUUCAAACAGCAGUUCCAUGAAGAGCGAUGUUCCAGCCACUGUCAUGCUACAGGCCUGUAACGGAGCGUUCGAUGGUUCACAUGAUGUGGACAUGGCCGCUACCACAAUACAAUCGAUACCGCAAUUGCCCAUCGGCAACAACUCGCCCCACAGCGACCUCGGCGACGCUUUGUUGUUAAACUUAUCCGCCAACACGAGUCCGGCCGAGCGCCACUUUUACAACGACAAUCCGGUGCUAGCGCAGUGUAACGUGCCUAUGCACUCUCUACCCGAUUUUAACUCUACGGAGCUGAAACAGAUAUUAGAACACAAUUCUGAUAUGACGGCUGAGGAAAAGAUGAGAUUCUCCGAAGCUGAUUGGUCCAAGUACCUAGAAUCGUUUGGGAGCUUGCCGGAAGAGACAAACAGCAUGUCUUUCAUAAGAGAUAGUUUGAUUCCUGACUCUGGCGUCAAUAAGGGUGGUGCUACUCAAAGUACAAAUAAAGCAUCGAAUUCUUCCCAAAUGGCUGUCGAGACCCAAGCAGACGUCGACAAAUUCAAAUUGAAUAUAUUCGACAAAAUAAAGGGCCAGGAGAAACCGUUCUAUAAAGCGGAAGAUGGACAGGAAGUCAAAAAGUUGGUAGUCGAAUUAGUAGAAUUGAUGAGGAAAACGCCGCUGAAGAAGAAUGUCAUUCGAAUCAAGCUCGAACGACUGGUGGAGAAGCGGCUGUCGAACGGAGACACGUUUUUGCACAUGUCACUCAACAGCAACCGCCCAAGUUUCGAAUAUAUCGUCAAGAUGGCUCACCACCUGGGGAUGACACACCUCCUAAACUUGCAAAAUAAUAGUCUACAAACAAUAUUACAUCUGGCUAUAGUCGCCGAGGAGCCAACGCUUGUUGCGUUCCUUAUUAGUAAAGGCUGCGAUCCGAUGUUGGAGGACGAGCACGGCAACAAGGCGAUACACUACGCGGUGAUGUGUCGCGAAGAUGCCUCGUGCCUCGACUCGCUGCUGCAGGCCAUACGGAGACAUGGGGUGCCUCACGACAUCAACACUAGUAUCGGUGAUAAGCACAUUACGGCCCUCCACCUUGCAGUGACAUACAAAUCGGUUGCGAAGACACAAUGCCUUUUGAAGCACGGCGCUAGCUGCAGUGUGACAGAUAGCGACGGCCGCACUCCGCUACAUGUCGCCGCCAAGAUGAACUACCGGCUCGUGAUGGCUAAGCUUCUGGACUACGUGCCAAACCAUGUGAUUGAAGCAGUUGACGGGCGAGGUUACACCGCUCUGCAGAUCUUGUGUGACUGCAGCGUGCAAGAGGAUACGGUCGAAAUGGUCAAGAUGCUACUCGAUAAGAAGGCGGACCCUCGUGCCCAUAGGCCCCAGUCCGCGUGGCAUCUGGCCCGGAACAAACCUCGACUGCGUGAAGUGAUGCAGCCUUUUAUUGGUGAUGACGUCAUGGACGAGGACGAUAUCAAGUCCGAACCGGAUGACGAUAUCAAGUCUGAGCCUGAAGUCGAUUCCGGUGACGAGUACGUAGAAGCAGAGAUGUGUCUACCGGAGCUGUCGUCGUAUAUAUCGGAGUUGUCGACAGCCAUGGACGCGUCCGGUGCGUGGAGAGCGCUCGCCGCCAAACUCUCCUUGGACUCCAUGUCCUCCUGGUUCCAGAACACGGCCAACCCCUCAAGAACCCUGCUGAAUUUCCUCAAGCAAAGUGACAGCGACAUCACAUCCAGAUCUCUCGCCACAACGCUCGAAGAAUUAGGAGAAAGGGAAGCGGCAAAUAUCAUAAGGAAAUACAUUGAUUAAAUAAUAAUAUUCCUUUAUUUUCGUAGGUGGGGGCUUUGGUUAUUAUAGAGAAUCUUCCGAUCCAAUUUAUUAAAUUACAUCGAAAUAGCCUUUCAUAUCUCACUCCGUUCUGUAUGCGAAACACUGGCUGCGUCGUGUGCGCGUGCGCGUGCUAUUCCAAUGCCACUGGUACUAAAUAUUUAGACAUCUGUUUCAGUUGUCUAUCGCGUUUGAUCACUAUACAACAUAUUUUGCUCAAAAUUGCAUAUUUUAUUAUCAUUUGUUAUAUAUAUCUACUAGUCUUAUGAAAUGUUACGAUUAUAAUUGCCAUUUUAGUGAAAAUUAUUAAUAUGUCAGCUUUGAUCGAUUGACAUGUGCAUUAUGUAAUAGAUUUUUUUUAUAUUUUAUCAAACAUUUUGAGUUGGUCACCAUUGUUAAUAUAUGGAAUAUACUAAGUCAAGACUCCUCUUUAAGGUGAACUUAUUUAUUCUGAAAGAUUCGUUUUAAGUGUUAUCUUUCUUAUAGCCAUAGGACGUUUUUGAUGUAAGAAUGGUUUGAUUUUAGCUAAAGUUGGCUAUAAAAUACAAUAUUUUUUGUAAUACUGGUCAAUAUAUAGCCAUUUUUCCCUCAUGUCACGAUGUCCAAUAUGGGCAUAGUAUAUUUGGCAUAUAGGAUAAAACUUAUUUUUUAAUAUAUCAUUUAAGAUGACAUUGUACAAUAAAUUGUAAUAUAACUUUUUGUCUUAAUGAAUUAUGUGCAUUUAAUAAUAAUUAUUAUUUGAUGUGCUUAUUAGUCUGCGAGCCGAACUCAUUUGAAAUAAACCCUGUGGUUAGCAAGAGCUUUUUGCGAGCACGUAAUCGAGUCUGUCAAUAUAUAUAUGGAAAAUGAAUGGUGCCUCUAUCGUACGUAAAAGGAACUAUCAAUUUUCCAUAUAAAUUUUGAUGUUCGGAACAUGCUCUACAUUCUCGUAACUCGUACUAAAACCAGACUAAGUUUUAUAUCAAAUAAGUUCUGCAUUUGUGUUCAAACAGGUAAUGACCUAUAUAUUCAUUUUAUAUUCGUUACUUUGCAAAUGUGUCUGUUCAAGUUUGGAGUGCAUGAUAAGUGAUUCACAGGAACCGAAUUAAUAUCCCUUCAUAAUUAUUUUUGCUAUGUUCUGUAAAAAAUAUUGUCGAUACAUCAGUAUGAGCUGGAACUGAGGUAUGUAUGGUAACAAAUACGAUUUUAUAUUAAUUUAACGCACGUUACAUGUCUAUAAUCACAGUCACAGUCAGUUCCCUAAUAUAUAUUUUUAGUUUGAACAAUAAAGUUCAGCUUUGCAACAUUUAUUGCUGCAUUUUCAGCGUUUAGCGAUAAGAACACAUUAUAUUAUUACAGUUAAGUAACUUUAUGAACCUGUGAUACAUGUAAAAGUGUCUUAUUGUCGUUUUUAUUGGAACACAAAUGAAUGUGUGUUUGAAAUGUAAUUUCUAAAAUAAAAUAAAUUCGCUCAAAUUAUUUGGUGCGAUAAUAUGGUAUGCGUCGUUGCCAAAAAAAGUACUCUCUCUCUAUAUACCUGUAAUAUGGCGUAGCCUCGAACCUGAUAGUACAUUGUAAUAAACAGUGUUUGUUGAUUGUUUUAACCAAUCAACAAGGUGGGAAACAAGAAGACUAGCUAUGGUUCUGAUUUAUAAAAAAACUAAAUAGCUAUAUUAAACUUAUGUUGGUUCCUGGACGUUGGUUUGUUUAUAUUUAUCCUGUCUUGUGCGAUACCUAAUAUAAAAAUACCUUUUAUUGCACCAAAGCAAAGCACAAAAAAGAAAUUUUGAAAUACAACAAAAUAAAAAGCAUAUAGCUAUAUAUAAUAUACAUACAGGUAUACUUAUAUAGGUAUACUUUAGUAAGUGUAAACUGGCCUUUAUUCUUUAAUUAAUUUUAUGUAGCGUAAUUCUUAAUAUAGCACCAUUUGUAUUAAUAAAUACUUAGUGCCGUAGAUAUAGAAAACUUCGUUUCUUUUAUACAAGAAAGAUACAUUUGGAUUAGAAAUUUAAUCGAACAAACAGGAGAGAGUUCUUAUAUAUUUUGUUCCACACCGUUGCCCAUUUUUACAAGACCCAAUCUGCCGCUUUGUAUUGGAAGGGCUCAGGUGGGUUGAGAAGUUCAUCUCAUUUGGUUAUGCCAGCCCGCCAUCUUUAGUUUCCUUUGUCUUUGCCUAGUGCAGUAAAAAAUAUCGAAUUUUACAGCCAAGUCUAGUUACCAAGUCGCUAUUUUGUUUUAGCACAGUUGAACGGCGUAGUCAGGGUAGUUUGGAUGGCAGAGAUGCAUAGAUGCCGGCUUGUUAUUUUUAUGGUGUCCACAAAGCAUGUUAUAAAAAUUUUGGGCAAAAUUUGCUAUUUUUGUCAUACUUUUGUGACCAAUAAAUGAUAUUUUGUUAGCGUACAUAAGUAAAAAUGUGACCAAUUUCACAAGAUCGGAUUGAAUUUAAAAAUUUUAGCUAUAGGUAUAUAUUGUUGUAUUUUGUAAUUUUUAAUUAAAGAUAUAUUUUUA